AGGGCAGCUAAGCGCGGUGGCCUGUGGUGGGGGAAGGGGCCGGUAUGGCGGCGGCUGUGGCGGUCAUCGGCAGGGCGUGCAGCUAUGGCGCCUUCCGAGCGGCGUGGCGAGGGUUUUCUUCUGUGCCAGUGAAAGGGAGUUGCUGUUCGUAUUCUAGCCUGGCGUGGGCUUUCCAGACACGGUGUUCCAUCUCUGCCCCCUGGAAUGUGACAGUUGAGCAACGGAGACAAAGCAGUUUCUUCAAUACGUUGACAGCUGAUGAGCUAUGGAAAGGAGCUUUGGCAGAAACUGGUGUGGGAGUGAAGAAAGGAAGAGGAAAGAGAAGGAAGAAGAAGCUAAGGAAGAAUCUCAAUAAAGGCCAGGAGAUCGGUGAAGGACGCUCCGGUUUCCUCUGGCCUGGUCUUAAUGUUCCUGUGAUACAAAGUGGUAGAGUCCAGGCAGUUACUCAGCGAAAAAAAGAAGAACGAGAGAGAAUUCAGUCUCAAAUUGUUCAGCAGAGAGAUACAUGGGAGAAGAAAAGAAAAAUAAAAGUGAAGAGAGAGGGAGGAUGGAGUGGAAGUUGCUGGGGAGGUGUCAUUCUGGAUCCUCCUGACCCAGGUCCUAAUGGAGAAACUUUUGAAGAUUUUGAAACAAGAGUCAUUGAGGUGAAAAAUGUGUUUUGUAUGAAGGCAAAGGAAGGCAGAAAAAAAUCAAUACGUGCCUUAGUGGCUAUUGGAAAUGGUAAAGGGGCUGCAGGUUUUGCAAUGGGGAAAGCAGGUGACAGGAUGAAUGCUUUACGGAAAGCAAAGAAUAAAGCAAUACGCUGCUUACAUUUUAUAGAGCUAUAUCAGAACCACACAAUUUACCAUGACAUUACAGCAAGAUUUAAAAGCACAAACAUCCGCAUGAAGAAACAAAACAAAGGGUAUGGUCUUCGUUGCCACCGAGCUAUCAUCACCAUCUGCAAACUAAUUGGCAUUAAAGACAUGUACGCCAAGGUUUCUGGAUCCAAAAACUUGAUUAACAUUACCAAAGCUCUCUUUAAAGGCUUGACACAACAGGAGACUCACCAACAGUUAGCGAACCAGAAGAGUCUCUAUGUAGUGGAGUUCCGGGAGGAGCAGGGCCCUCUGCCCAUCGUAGUGGCACUGCCUGAGGGGACUGUUCGUGAGGAUCCCGAGCCUGAAGAUGAGGUUCCAGACACAAAGCUGGAAUGGAGUGAGGUGAAAGAAGCUCAGGGAAUGAAGAAGUCUUCCUGGGCAAAUGUCAGACGGGCAGCGUGGUAAAAACUUCAGUCUUUCUGUCUUUUCUGCUCAGAGGUGCAAUUGGGAAAGUCCAGCCCAAAUGGACAGGUUGUCUAGGCUUACAUUUCAGAGGGGAGGGCACCAGUAGCUGUCUCAUGACAUUCAUAUGCUGCUCCCAUUGCUACCAUUCAGUAACUUUGUUUGCUUUCCCACAAUUCUUCUGACCACUGUUCAACUAGGAACAUGCAGACUUAAGCAGCUGGUGAACAUGACUUUGACUUUAAGCAUGUAUUUACUUGAUUCAUUAAGAUGGUGUUUAAUCAACAGACCCCAUGUUUCUUGGGAAACUACUGAAGAUAUAAGAUUGUGAAAGCAAUAAAGAAUCCUCAGAAGGAGUUCAUUGUGGGUUUGUUGGGGUCUUUUUUGCAAAAUGCCAAUGUCUGGGAGAUCUUGAAGCAAGCAGCAGUAGUGGGAGUUAAUGUAUGCACUCUCCACCUCCUUCCCUAGGCUCACUCAUUAUGGUGGGGGAACUGUGAAAUCAAAGUAGAAGUUGUGUGUCCUCUGGUGGGGGGGAGGGCAAGGUGAUGGUGGUGGCCAACAGCUGGAGUUGUGCAAAUACUGUUCAUGCAAGUGGGGGAGUUCCCCAAAUGAGGCGGAGCCCAAAUAGCUGAGGACAGCCACCCCACAGUCUCCUGUGGGAUAUUGCAGUGUUAUGACUGCCAUUGGAAGUCUGCUCCAAAACCUGCAAUCCAGCCUUUCCUAUGGUAGUCUCCUCUGGACAUGUGCUGGGAUAAGACCUAACUUCAUUUUCUGCCAAUUUGAUACUGAGCACAGUAGUCUUGGACCCUACCCAGAACUUAAAGUGCUACAGCUGUCAGAAGUUUAAAGGAGAAAAAGAACAUCCAUGAUACAUGCCAGCCUCUGCCCAGAGAUGAAGUAAACCCCUUCAUGUAGCAGAUCUCCAACUGAAGCACACAGGUACAUGCUAGAUGAUAGAUUGGAGGAUCCGUCACCCAACUCCUACCAGAAGAUUUCUCUGUAUGAUAAAAGGUGUUUCUACCACCUGUUUUGUUAGUACAGGAGAAAACACGUUAGAAAUACUUCAAGAUCAGCCUGGGAAGUUAUGUCCGAAGUUCUGAUGUUAAAGACAUUUAGGAGCAAUAUUUUGCCUUGAUUUCAGUGCAGGUUCCUAAAGACAGCAGUCACGUACGUACAAAGAGGCAAGAUGAAUUUAACUGAGUUGUAUCUCACUCUGUUAAUGGAAAUUUUAAUUCAAAGGCCAUGCCUGCUGAGCAGUUGGCUGAAAGCUUUAUUCCUGUUUGCCAGCUCAAUUUAAAUCCACCUUCAGCAGGAUUGCAAAGUGUUCAGUUUGCAAACCUUCUUGUUAGCAGCAUAUAAAACUACUGUUCAAGAGUAUGUGCUCACGCUUAGCUUGCAUCUUACUGUUGAGCAAAAUCAAGAAUGAAUAAACCUGGGCUGAAAGAAUCAAAUCUUGCUGCAUUUAGAAGACACUUUAGUUUACCUCUGUCCUUGCAGAAACUGAGCUCAAGUGAGUUGACUCUGCCACUGGCCAGAAACAGCCUGAGCUUGGGUAGUAGAGAGAGCCUAAAGUGCUGACUGGAUCAGCUCUUAGUCAAUUGUUUCCCUUUGUUGCAGUGAGCAGAAGGGUCAUGCCAGCAUUUUCUCUCUUCUUGGAAUGAGGAAUGUGUGUGUCAGUAGCAGGUGACUGCGUCCUACUUGGAGAUGUCCUGCUACUUCCUUUCACUCUGUUCUUGCAUUCCCUCACCCAACAUAUCUGGAGAAGCCCCCCAUAUUCUGGCCUAAGUAUGGUGAUGGUGCCACAGGAGAUCAUACAAGGCCACUGCUGCACAAAAACUGGGGAUGUGGGUAAUGUCAAGGUCUCAAGCAAUGCCCCAUCUGCAUAGUGGGAUGAGAUGGCAGAAUUGGGCAGGUCCUUGUGUGAUCUUGGGAAUGGCUAAAGAAAGACCAGCUAUAGGGACAGGUCCUUAGCUAGCAGCACCCGAUGCAGAGCAAGUUGUAAAGUCCAUCUCUCCCCAGAUGACCUGGACCUGAACACUUCCUUGUGCAUCCCAAACAGAUCUCACACCAUAUAUUCCCAGUUUGUGAAGUAUAUAGGCCAUCACUCUGCACAAGGGAGACUUGCAGACAGACAUCUCCCUUGAACCCUUCUUGGUCACUCAGUAAUUUCUGUUCUCACUGCUAGUGCAAGGUAGAACAACACAUCAUUCUCAGUGAAUCUUUUUUCCAUCAGCUAAAGCGCUGGGAAGUGUCUGACUGAUUUCUAGCCCGUGCCUCCAAGAGAAUCCACACAAGCCUUGGAGGUCCACCUUGUGUGCUAGUAGAAAUGAGGAGCUGCAAGGCAAGGAAGUGGUAGGGUGAAUGUCAUUUGCCUUUUCAGAACAUAAAGGAAGUAAUGUAGUAACCACCAAUCUUCCCCUUUCCCCAAGGUCUGCACACCAGCUCUACUUGCAUCUGCUCCCACCAGGGUCUUCAGGACUCCUCUGCCUUGUCUGUGCUCUCUGGAGGAGGUUUAGGGCUCUUCUUAGACCCACAGGACAGUAACUCAUGUUUGAGCAUUUCCAUGAAUUGGGAAUCCCUGUCCUCAAAGCAAAUGGGGUUUCAGUGCUUGAUUCUGUUAGCACAAGGGGGACCAAGGAGUAGGACAAGGAGACCAAGGAGUCUCGGUAGAAAGAUCCCAGGUGGGGAAUGGACCAUAGUUGGGUCAGGAGAGGGGGAGGCAGGCCGAGCUGGCCGUGAAUCAGACUCUGCCACAGACCCACAUGGGGCUUUGAUCCCUCCAUACAUGUAAUCUUUUUGUGGGUUUCCUGUUUUCACAAGUUUGUUCGUAUUAAUACAGAUGCUUGUAUGGAUGUUUUACCCAGCAUACAGUUUGCUCAUCACUCACAGAUAAACCUGACUGUAAAAUGAGAAACAUCAGAAACUCUUGCAUUUCCCAUGGAGGUGACCAGGAUUUUCUAUUAAGUUUCUUUGCUUUCAGACAAAGCCAAUUAUACUCCUACAAUUCAGGAGAAGAUGGAAGUGCUUCUAACUCAUUGCAUCACUGGACACAAGACAGAAGUUGCCUCACUUGGGCAAUACAGGACUUGUUCUGUGUGUAGAAUAUACACAACCAACAGAUAAUGUAAAUGAAAUUAAGAAAGCUUCAUCCAGGCAAGGUGAGACCUUUUUGUUUCCAUGUAAAGUACACGCACUUUUGUUUAUGCCCCAUUCACAGAUGCAAAAAACUAAGCAAGACUUUCCUGAGUUUCUCUGUCUCUGUGUGUGUAUAUAUACACACACAUACAUACACUUCUCUGUGUAAAUAUAUAUGGUCAAGUUCUGUUCAACCUAAGGAUGGAAAGCAGGGACAUAGUCCAAACCCUUUUGUCUGUCUGCCAAGUCUCUGCUGUCUGAAUGUCUUCUAGUUUCAGCCUGGGGAGCUCCACUGAGCCUUCUGCAUUGACACAGAUGUGGAUUUUGUGUGGCUUGUGUAUCUCUUGGGUAGCAGGUGAACAGCAAGGGCGAACGAGGGUCACCGGAGGAGUGGGGAAGCGACUCCCAGGUGAAAUGAGAGCACUCCAGGUGGUCAUUUGAAGGGGCUGAGGAGAAUGUUUUGGGGGCCACCUUGUAUCUCAGCCAGAAAUGGCUGACUGUGAGUUGCAGGUUUCUUCAAAGGCAGGGAAGUGGGUUGUGCCUCUGCGCAGUUGCCACAUGUGAAGGAUGAAAGCUCUUUAGGAAGCAUUAAGAGCGGUUGGUGACAGAGUUGGCUAAUCCCUGUGCAAUAAAUAGCAGGGGUCUGGGGAGAGAUGUGGCACUUGUAUCCCCAUCAGGUGUAGUCUGGCUAAGCGCAGGCAGCAUUUCCAUUGUGGGAAUGUGCAGUGUUGUUCCUUGGCACAGAAAAACAAGGGAGAAAUGAUGUAUUUCCCAGGAACCGCUGAGAGAUGAUGAAUUGGGAUGCAUUCAAGGACUUUCACAGGGCUUGCUAGGAAUUACUGUCUCUAGGAAAUUGACAGGAACAUUGUACAGUUGUUGGCUAAGAAUUUUCAAACAGGAAUAACAAUACUUAUUCCACUGCUGUUUUCUAGGAUUGCCCACACUCGUUUUGAAACAUGCGAGGACUGCCUCAAUGUAUGGCCCUGGAGAAGUGCUUCACCAUUUGGCUUUUUUCAGAGUAUUUCAUUGUGUGGCACUUUUGGGGGGGGUUUUGGAGUGAUAAAAUGCCCAGUUCUUAUUGGAGUGCAUCACUGGAUCAGCCUGGAGGAACGCAUCACCACACAGCAUUUUUUGGACCAAUUCACUGUACAGCCCUGUUUGGGUUUUUUGGGAACUCUCCACCUUGGGGCUUUUUUGGAGCCCUCCAUCUCCUGGAUUUUUUGGAGCUUUCUGCCCCAGGGCUUUCUGGAAGUGCUCCAGCCUUCCUGAAGGUGUUCUGGGUGCUCUCUAGCAUAGGGCUUUUUCAUAGAGCUUCACUGUUUGGAUAUUCUAAAGCACUUCAUCCCUGUGCUUUUUGGAAGUGCUCCAUCCCAGGGCCUUUUCAGAGCCUUCCAUUUCUUGGGUUCUUUGGAGCACCCUGGUGCUUUUUUGGAGGUCCACUCUCUCUCCCCCAGUGCUUUUUGGGAGCUCUUCAGCUAGGGCUUUUUUGGAAGAACUUCAGAAUUUUGGGUGUUGGGAGCCCUUUACGGUUUGGCUUUCUUAUGCUACACCACCUGACAUUUUUUGAGUGCAUUACCACACUGUCCUGGAGGAGUACAUCACCAUUUAGUUUUUUUCAGUCAUUCUCUGUAUGUUUUUUUUUUUGCAGUCCUUCAUUAUUUGGGUUUUUUGGAGCUCUCCACCCCUGGGGCUUUUUUGGAGCCCUCCACCAUUUUGGGUCUUUUUGGAGCGCUUCACCAUCUGGCUUUAUUUGGGUGCAUCAUUGUCUGGCUUUUUUUAAGGAAGCUUCAGCAUUGUGCUUUUUUGGGAACUUCACUGUCUCACUCUUUUGGGGAGCGUCAUCACCUAGCAUUUUUGGGGGUGCAUCACCAUGCAGCUCUGGAUGAGUGGUGUGUUUUAUUAACCAGG